AUGGAGAUAGCGAGAGCAGAUAACUGCACGGCUCAAGAGGGAUUCGUCCUGCAGGGAUUCGGGAAUGGCCCGGGAGCGCAGGUGGUCCCUUUUGUGGUGUUUUUGUUGAUUUACAUGAUCACGGUGCUUUGGAACGCCAGCAUGAUCCUCCUCAUCUGUGCCAAUCCUAGUCUUCACACCCCCAUGUAUUUCUUCCUCAUGAACCUGUCGGUCUUGGACCUCUGCUUCACCACCACCAUCGCCCCCAAAGCCAUGGCCAGCUUCCUGGUGGGGAGCAACUCCAUUUCCCACAAUGAAUGCGCCGCCCAGUUCUUCCUUUUCUCGGUCUUCCUCACGGCUGAGGGGUUCCUGCUGGCGGCCAUGGCGUACGACCGCUACACAGCCAUCUGCAACCCGCUCCUCUACCCCGUCACCAUGUCCAAGUGGCUUUGCGUCCGGCUGGUGGCCGGCUCCAUCUUCAGCGGCUGCGUGAACUCCAUGGUGCAAACCGGCUUCACGUUUUCGCUGCGCUAUUGCGGGUCGAGGGAGAUCGACCAUUUCUUCUGCGAUGGCCCACCGCUGAUUAACCUGGCCACCAGCGACACGUAUGUCAACAACCUGGUGAUGUUCACCUUGUGCGGCUUCAUCAUCGGCAGCACCUUUCUGGUUGUCUUCGUCUCCUACUUCUACAUCAUCUCCACCAUCCUCCGGAUCCGUUCCGCUGAAGGUCGGCACAAGGCCUUCUCCACCUGCACCUCCCACAUGAUCACGGUGAGCAUCCUUUAUGGCUCCACGGCCUUCAUGUACGCCCAGCCCACCUGGGUGUCUUUGCUCUACCCUCGCAAAGCCGUGUCCGUCUUCUACACCUUCAUCAUUCCCAUGGUGAAUCCCCUUAUCUACAGCCUGCGGAACAAGGAGGUGAAAGACGCCUGGGGCAGGACGAUGGGGAGGAAAUCGUGGGAGGGAUGA